CAACCAAAACAUUUGUUCAACUGAAUCAGAUGUGCAAGAGAGAUAAAAGCAUUAUAGUGCAAUACAAUUAGCAGCAAGAGCGUAUGAUGGUAUAAUGAUUUGUAGGAGUAUUGAAUUAAUAUAUUAUAAUAUUUCUGCCCUAAUUGGUGAAUUGAUUGUUGCUGUGGGCAGAAGAUUUAGUAGAUUGUAUUGCAUGCAGCAUUCUUUGAAAGUGUACCUUCAGAUUCAGUACAGUACAGUGCAGUGCAGUCAGGCGCUAGGACCACUUCUCCAGACAAGCAAAGGGUAGUCUCACUCAACUAGCUAGUAGUAGAAAGCUAACGUUUGGUUUCUACGGGCGAACGGUAUGGAUUCAUAGAAAUACUUGCCUGAUUGAGACCCAGUCAUGUCUCAGGUGGAAAAGAAGGCGGGGCUCCUGAGGAGGACCUCAUCCUCUAAAAAACCCCUGAAGGAGAAAGUGGUACUGAUGUACGAUGAGAUAUUUGCGAAAGAGGACCCAGCCAAGAACAACCCUCGCUUUUGGGAUGAACUGUUUCUCAUGAAGGUGAAUCUGGAAUACCUGGAGACCAAGCUCGAGUGUCUGGAUGGAGAUGAGUUGAUGAAGACGAAGGACAACGUCAACAGCCUGUUCCACCAUUGUGUGCAGACCCUCGCAGAGGAGCACCAGAUCAAAGUGGUCAACGCCCUACAGACGCUGUGUGCCUUGUUCCGUGGAGUUCACCAGAAGAACAAGUCAGCGUCAGGUUUUGACAUCAUUAACAUGCUCAUGGGCUUUGACAAGGCUGAACACCGCAUGAAGGAUCUGAUGGAGAGUUUGGACAGCCUGCUCUGUGGGGAGGGUUCAGAAAGUCUCAAGGCCCUUUGUCUCAAACUACUGCUGUGUUUAGUGACGGUCACAGACAACAUCAGUCAGAACACCAUUCUGGAGUAUGUCAUGAUCAACAGUAUCUUUGAGGCCGUUCUACAGAUCCUGUCUGAUGUGUCCAGUAGAGGGCGACAUGGUUACGAUGCUGUUGUGCUACUGGCCCUGCUGGUUAACUACAGGAAAUAUGAGUCUGUGAAUCCCUACAUCGUCAAGCUCUCCAUAUUGGAUGAUGAACCCACCUUAGAUGGAAUGGGUUUGGUGGUGGGCCAGGCUUUGACAGAAUAUAACAGACAGUACAAAGACAAGGAGGAGGAGAACCAGGGAGGUUUCUUCUCGACACUGACCAGCAUGGUGGGCAGUAUGUUCAUUGCCGAUGCAGAAGAGAAGCUGUCUGUACAGACGAAUGAGGCGAUUCUUCUGGCGUUGUAUGAAGCUGUGCACCUCAACCGAAACUUCAUCACCGUUCUCGCUCAGAGCCACCCAGAGAUUGACAUCCCGACCACGCCCACCACCCCUGUACCGACCACUCCCACAACUCCACUGGGCACAACCCCGCCCUCUACAGAUGUGAUGAACUCGUCAGAGCUGCCUUUGGACCCCAACCUCCAGACCAGCAACCUGCUCAUCACCUUCCUGAAAUACUCCUCUAUCGUCAUGCAGGACACUAAAGAUGAACACAGGCUGAACAGUGCCAGACUCUGCCUGAUCAUCCUGACCUGCAUAGCAGAGGACCAGUAUGCUGAUGCCUUUCUUCAUGAUGACAACAUGAACUUCAGAGUCAACCUACACAGAAUGCCCAUGAGACACCGAAAAAAAGCAGCUGAGAAGAAUGUCCCGUCGCGACCUCUGGUGUGUGCAGUUCUAGACCUCAUGGUGGAAUUCGUCGUCACUCAUAUGAUGAAAGACUUCCCAAUGGAUCUGUACAUGCGUUGUGUACAGGUUAUCCACAAGCUGAUCUGCUACCAGAAAAAGUGCCGGAUCAGGUUACACUACACAUGGAGAGAACUGUGGUCAGCUCUGAUCAACCUUUUGAAGUUUCUGCUGUCCAAUGAAACUGUUCUGUUGGCCAAGCACAACAUCUUCCAUCUGGCCCUGCUGGUGGUGAACCUGUUCAACAUGUUCAUUACGUAUGGAGACACCUUCCUGCCCACCUCCAACAGCUACGAUGAGCUCUACUACGAGAUCGUCCGCAUGCACCAGGUGUUCGACAACCUCUACUGCAUGGUUUUAAGAGUGUCGACCAAUGCAGGCCAAUGGAAAGAGCCAGCCAGUAAAGUCACCCACUCACUGGUCAAUGUCAGGGCCAUUAUCAACCAUUUCAACCCCAAGAUUGAGUCGUAUGCUGCAGUGAACCACAUCUCCCAGCUUUCGGAGGACCAGGUUCUGGAGGUGGUCCGGUCCAACUAUGACACAUUGACCUUGAAGCUGCAGGAUGGCUUGGACCAGUAUGAGAGAUACUCUGAACAACCCAAGGAAGCGGCCUUCUUCAAGGACCUGGUGCGUUCCAUCAGUCUGAAUGUGAGGAAGAAUGUGUCUUUGAACACGUUGAGUCAGGACAUCCUGCUCAAGGAGUUCUCCACCAUCUCCUGAGAGGGAGGGGUUAAACCUGACGACACACACACACACACCUCCUGUCUCACACUCACAUGCACACACGGUUACCCUUUUUACCUCUCCCACUGACUCCCUCUGUACCUGCAUGUCACCUCCAAACACCAUCACCAGAGAUGAAUGGACCGGCGAUGAAAAAAUCCACACACUCCUCUGGCCUCUCUCCUCUCCAGCCCAACCCCCCCCUCUCGGUUCGACCGAAUGGUGCCAACUCCGGAAAGCUGCUCGACUGCUCCCCCCGGAGUCCUCAUGGCUCUGGGGAAAGUCUGACUGACCGGUGGCGGUUGUCCUGGAAGUCUGUGUGUGUGUGUGUGUGUGUGUGUGUGUGUGUUUCUCAAUGGUUUCAACACACAGGAAUUGUUCGGAGUGUGUGCCGUUUUACACUGGUUGUGCGUGUGUUUUGGCGGGACUGUUACCAGAUUUGUUCAUGCAGAUAUUCAACUUCUGUCCCAAACGACACCCAGUUCCCCGUGCGGUGCAUUUCAUUGGACUGGGCCCAGUAGAACUCAGUACUUGUCAGUGGUGCACCAGAUGGGUUUUAAGGUUCCAUUUGGGAUGACGCGUUGUAACGUUUUAACUUCCUUUGUCCAAACUGAUCAGUGGACUUGAAUGUGUUUUUUCUUCUUUUUUUGUUUUUUUUUUGAAACUUUUAGUUGUAAAAUAUAAAUUUGGUUGUUCGUUUAUUGCUCAACACUGUCCUUCCGUUGCUAGGCGACUGGUCCCAGCAACUGUGAAGGACAUGAACAAAUGAUGCGAGACCAUUUCUGAGUUUCUAACAUGCAACCUUUUUUCUCCGAUUCUGAAAAAAAAAGAAAUACACACAAAAAAAAAACAAUGAAGUGUUUCCUUGUGACUAAAUGUUUGUGUGGGAGCUAACUAUAUAUAUUUGUUUAUUUCCUCCAGAUUUUGAAUAUCUAAGUUGUUAUAUAUUUUUUAAUUUACUUUGUCCUCAGAACACAUUAACACUAGUUUCAUCCCUGCUGACAUUACAAGCUAACAGUCCAUGAAGUGCAACAGAAUGUACAGUCGCUGCUCAGCAUGGUGGUUCUGGGCUACUUCCAUAAAGCCAAUGAAGACAUUAUGUGACAGACAUUUUGGUUUGUGACCACAACACGGGCCGCGUUCACAAGCUUUGCGUGUAGCUAACGCUGGUGACAUCCAGCAUUAGCUGUCCCCUGUAGGUGUCAGGUAUAUGGUAAAGUAAACCUGUAAAAACUGAUCCUGGGACCGUUUGGCGUUUUGCCCCACUGACAGUUAGGGUUUGGGAAUUCAAAGAUGUUCCUGGAAUCAACGUUGUUUCUAGGAGAAACUUCAUAAGGACCCUAGUUGCUCAGAAACUCGUUCUGCUAACCUUGCACCCACAUUUGUGGUCUUGAACAAAGCCCUGCACAUGACUUUUGUCUGAGGACCCUUUUAUUGGAGACAGAUGAAACAUUAUGCAACUCUCUAUUUUAACGUAGGAUUCUCUCUGUUUUUCUUCUAACCCCUGUAGUUAGUAUGCUAGUGUUAUUUGUGUUUUUUAAUAAAAGUUGGUUUCACUCCCUCA